UUAAGGUAAUUGUUGACGCUGUUCCAGCGGCCGAUGCAGGGAAUGCGAGCGCUUGACUUCAACAGAAAUAACGGCAUGUUCAACCAACUACCAGGAAGCGGAAGGUGACCUGAGCACUUGAGUAGGAAAACAGGUAGGCAGCAAGGAGGGUCAUGCUAGUGCUUCCGCGGUGGUGUCCCGGUAUAUAACCUGAGAAACGCUACGAACUGGCGUAUAGAAUUAUUCUCUCUCACUGCAGGAGGAGGCGUCCGUGGCGAGCUCAACAAAGGAAUACCACUACUGCAUCCCAGCACACCUCGCCGCCCUUAAGGAUGGCGGGCGGAGCGGCCGUUCUGCUGGUGGGGUCUAUCCUGGGACCGGCGGCAGCGUUACACCCGUACCUGUUCCCAGACCCGAGUGUCACCUACCACUUCUACCCGGACCACAUCACGAAGCCAAGGGUGGAGUGCCCAACCGAGGGGGUUUUCCCUCACCCAAGGGACUGUACCUAUUACUACAGGUGUGUGGACAAGUACAAUACUGGUUACUUCUUCACCUUCUUCUUUAAAUGUGAGCCGGGCACAGUCUUUGACGACAAGCUAGACCAGUGCGUGCAUCCCUUCAACACUGCGGGACCGUGCGGCACUCAACCCCCCGACGCGCCCGUCAACCCCACGCCUCCAGACAAGAAUAACAACUCUGGCGGCAACUCUGGCGGCAACUCUGGAGGCAACAACUCUGGCGGCAACAACUCUGGCGGCAACGCUGGCGGCAACAACUCUGGCGGCAACUCUGGAGGCAACAACUCUGGCGGCAACUCUGGCGGCAACAACUCUGGCGGCAACAACUCUGGCGGCAACUCUGGAGGCAACAACUCUGGCGGCAACAACUCUGGCGGCAGCUCUGGCGACAACAACUCUGGAGGCAAUUCUGGCGGCAACUCUGGCGGCAACAACUCUGGCGGCAACUCUGGCGGCAACUCUGGAGGCAACAACUCUGGCGGCAACAACUCUGGCGGCAACAACUCUGGCGGCAACUCUGGCGAUAACUCUGGCGACAACUCUGGCGGCAACUCUGGCGGCAACAACUCUGGCGGCAACUCUGGCGGCAACAACUCUGGCGGCAACUCUGGCGGCAACAACUCUGGCGGCAACUCUGGCGGCAACUCUGGCGGCAACAACUCUGGCGGCAACUCUGGCGGCAACUCUGGCGACAACAACUCUGGCGGCAACUCUGGCGACAACAACUCUGGCGGCAACUCUGGCGACAACAACUCUGGCGACAACAGCUCUGGCGGCAACAACUCUGGCGGCAACUCUGGCGGCAACAACUCUGGCGACAACAGCUCUGGCGACAACAACGCUGGCGGCAACUCUGGCGGUAACUCUGGUGACAACAACGCUGGCGGCAACUCUGGCGGCAACAACGCUGGCGGCAACUCUGGCGGCAACAACUCUGGCGGCAACAACGCUGGCGGCAACUCUGGCGGCAACAACUCUGGCGGCAACAACUCUGGCGACAACAACGCUGGCGGCAACUCUGGCGGCAACAACUCUGGCGGCAACAACGCUGGCGGCAACUCUGGCGGCAACAACUCUGGCGGCAACUCUGGCGGCAACAACGCUGGCGGCAACUCUGGCGGCAACAACGCAGGCGGCAACUCUGGCAGCAACUCUGGCGGCAACAACGCUGGCGGCAACUCUGUAGGCAACAACGCUGGCGGCAACAACUCUGGCGGCAACAACGCUGGCGGCAACUCUGGCGGCAACAACUCUGGGGGCAACAACGCUGGCGGCAACUCUGGCGGUAACAACUCUGGCGGCAACUCUGGCGGCAACAACUCUGGCGGCAACAACUCUGGCGGCAACAACUCUGGCGGCAACAAAUCUGGCGGCAACAACUCUGGCGGCAACAACUCUGGCGGCAACAAAUCUGGCGGCAACAACUCUGGCGGCAACAACUCUGGCGGCAACAACUCUGGCGGCAACAAAUCUGGCGGCAACUCUGGCGGCAACAACUCUGGCGGCAACAAAUCUGGCGGCAACUCUGGCGGCAACAACUCUGGCGGCAACAAAUCUGGCGGCAACUCUGGCGGCAACAACUCUGGCGGCAACAAAUCUGGCGGCAACUCUGGCGGCAACAACUCUGGCGGCAACAACUCUGGCGACAACAACUCUGGCGGCAACAAAUCUGGCGGCAACUCUGGCGGCAACUCUGGCGGCAACUCUGGCGGCAACAACUCUGGCGGCAACAAAUCUGGCGGCAACUCUGGCGGCAACAACUCUGGCGGCAACAAAUCUGGCGGCAACAACGCUGGCGGCAACAAAUCUGGCGGCAACAACUCUGGCGGCAACAAAUCUGGCGGCAACUCUGGCGGCAACAACUCUGGCGGCAACUCUGGCGGCAACAACUCUGGCGGCAACAAAUCUGGCGGCAACAACUCUGGCGGCAACAACUCUGGCGAAAACAACUCUGGCGGCAACAACUCUGGCGGCAACAACUCUGGCGGCAACAAUAUUUAUUAUUAACUCUAACAACAAACUUAACAACUCUAGCAGCAGUAACAACCUAACAACAGCCUUAACAGCCCAAGAAAUAACAAACAACAGCAAUAAGAACAACAACAAUAACGACAAUUGUUCAAGCAAUAACAUCCCUAGUAAUUUAAAACUCCA